CGUAAAAAAAAAAAAAAAAAAAAAAACAACAAUAAUUGCAAAGUAUGUCUGGUACGUGAAUUUAACUAAUAUUCUGGCUCUGACUAAAACGCUUAAACCUCAUCACAAAAGACUUCAUGGACCAUGAGCCUGUCUGAUCGGAAAAUUAUUAGCGGAAGCGGAAGAAUGUGUAUAACGGAAGACAUUUGAAAAUGCAAUAAACGUAUUGAAAGUCAAUUAAGUUAAGGAAUACCUCUAUUCUUAAAUAUUUUUUUAAAAAACUUGAUUUAUAGAGUCUGAAAGUAUGUUGAGGACCUUAGAAAAAAUAUAUCGAUAACAGAUUUGGUCAACAGAGAGGCUAGCGGGCUAGGAUAAAUUGGGUAUGCAUAAUGAACUUCUUGCUUGCUAACUAGUCUGUUGUGUGUUCUGUUCUCUUGGUAAUAGGUAUUGUUGGUUGUAUUUAACGGUGGCUUGAUGCGUAUGUUGAUAUUAGCUGAUAGACCCUCACAAAUCAAGAAAUCAAAUCAAGGUUUAUUUGCCAUAUGCCCAGUAACAAUACAGCAUGCUAGCAGAUGUCAGCUGGAAAAUAAAUGCUUAGAUUACGUUGGCGAAUGAGAGUUGUCCAACUAGUUAGGAAAUAAGAUAAACAGUUAAAUCCGGCGGCUUUACUGUAAAUUGACUGUUUACUGUAAAGUGCGCUACAUCUGUGUGACUAGCUGAAGACCUAGUCACCGCACACGCGUUAGUUUCAGUUGCCUUCCGAAUGUGGCUUAGUAUGGGGUUGAUUCGCUAGCUGUUAGCAUUAGCUGUACGGACGCUUCGGUAACUUCAUGCCAAUGAGGAACAAGCUGGCGAGCUACGUAUUACCGCGGUGCCGGUUUGACUGUAUGCGGAGGGAAGGAUCAGACAUGAGAGUUUAAAGGACAGAGCUGGAAUAUCAGUGCUCUGGAAGAGACUGCUGGAGAGGCCAACCGGACAAUGCCAAGAAGAAAACAAUCGCACCCACAGCCGGUCAAAUUGGACUGAUGGUGUGUGUGCUUGUAGUGGACUCAGAAGAUGGUGUGGCCACAGUAAAUCCUGCAAGUUUAGUCUUGGAAAGUGACUUCCUCCUGGGCCAGGAUCUGGAGUUUGGGGACAAUGACAGCGACUACAAGAUCAUUCCAUUUGACAAGGAUUCAGACUCGGUUGCCGUGGAGAUGGGGAUCCCAGUCUACUCGCUGAGUGAUGAGGACUGCAGCUACAGCCAGCUCAGCCUGGAGAGCGAGGGGGAGGAGAGCGAGCAGGCAAUGGGGCGGGGCCUGUCCUGCGUCCGCUGUGGCCAGCCGCUAGAGGACCCCCUGCAGGGGGCGCUGGACCUGACUCCCCCGUGCUGCCUGCACUGCAGUGAGGGGGCUGGGGCCAGGGAUGAGGACAACAGUUCCGGAGGAAAAGGUGGCAUGGGUGGGGCAGUGGGCAGGGGUGCAGGAGAUGGUGUGGGCGGGGCAGUGGGCGGCUCUCGUAAACUGCACUCCUGUAAGCUGUGCAGCUUCUCCUCCCGCUACUCCAACCACCUGAAGCGUCACAUGAAGACGCACAACGGCGAGAAGCCGUACCGCUGCCCUCACUGCGCAUACGCGUCUGCGCAGCUGGUCAACCUGCAGCGCCACCUGCGCAUCCACACCGGCGAGAAACCCUACAGCUGCGCCCACUGCCACUUCGCCUGCAGCUCCCUGGGCAACCUGAAGAGGCACCAGCGCAUGCACACACACGACAAGCCCAACAAGUGCAGCCACUGUGACUAUGGAGCCAGCAGCGCGCUCAGCCUGAAGAGGCACCAGAUGGGCCACAAGGCCCAAAAGUCAGAGCCGCCAGAAGUUGCUGUGGUGUCAGACCUGACUCUGCACGUGAGCAAUGAGGCGGACUUCCUCCAGAGCUACGGUGACCUGAAGGGGGAGGGGGUCGGCCUGGGGGCGGAGUCAGACUCUCUCCCGGAGCUGCUGUUCCCCUUCACCUGCCGGCUGUGCGGGGUGGUCCUGGACGACGAGGACGGCACAUCUGCACAGAUCUGCAGCAGCUGCACGCUGGACAUGCUGACCAAGGCCCCGCCCAGCAGCCCGGGGGAGAGGGGCGAGCGGGUGUUCUCCUGCGCCCUGUGCUCCUUCACCACCCAGUACCCCAACCACCUGGCCCGCCACAUGAAGACCCACAGCGGGGAGAAGCCCUACAAGUGCCCCCAGUGCGACUACGCCUCUGCCCACUUCGACAACCUGAAGCGCCACCACCGCGUGCACACGGGCGAGAAGCCCUACAAGUGCCACCUGUGCGACUACGCCUGCGGCAACCUGGCCAACCUCAAACGGCACCAGCGCAUCCACUCCGGCGCCAAGCCCUUCCAGUGCGCCGUGUGCAGCUACAGCUGCAACCAGAGCAUGAACCUGAAGCGGCACAUGCUGCGGCACACCGGCGAGAAGCCCUUCUGCUGCCAGGAGUGCCCCUACACCACCGGCCACUGGGACAACUACAAACGGCACCAGAGGAAGCACGGCCACUCCGCACACGGAUGGGUUAAAGUGCAGCUGCCCCACACCGAGGAGGAGGAGGAGGAGAUGUAGAGGAAGAACAGGAAGGGGGAGGAGGAGGAAAGGAAGAACGAGGGGGUUUGUCCUCUCCCCUUUUCAGCACAUACUUCCUGUUUGAGAUGUUUUAUUUGGGGGGGUGUAGAGUCUGUGCCCCCCCCACAUCCUGUUGCCUUUGGGUUAAUGGUUGGGGGAGGGGUUGGGUUCUCUGGUGCCAAAUGGAGAGAUGCCUCUCCCCCGAUUCCUCUGUACACUGUGUGUGCCUGUGUGUGUGUGUGUGUGUGCACGCGAGUACGUGUAUAUGAAUGUGCCUGCGUUUGUAGAUGUUUGAUUGCAUAUCGCGUGCUAUCGGGUGAUUUGAAAAUCAUGUUUUGUUUUUUGUUUUUUUUUAUUGGUUUCUUUUCGCUGUGAAAGUUUUUUUCGCUUAAAUUUUCUAAGAAAAUGUCGCUUAAACUCGGGCGUAUCAAAUGUAUGAUUAAAAAAUAUUUUUUUCA